ACCAUAUGCUGUUUUUUUGGUCACGCUUAUCAUCAAUCAAUUGCUAAUUUCUCGAAUCUUUAAUCAACAAAGCUGUGUUCUUAUUGCCAUCUUAAUUUUGGUGGGUAUUGGUAAAAGGGUUUCUCUUCUGCUGAAUUUAAAUGAAUUAGACUGAUGGGUUUUUGAUUUUUCAUGUUCGGAUGUCUCUGAUUGCACACCCAAAUUGAAUUUUGAUUGUUAAAAUAGGUUAGGUCUUAAAUUUGGGUUGAAUGUUGAGUAAUUUAGCUUGCUGGGUGGACGAAGUUCGAGUUAGAGUGCAAAAUUGAUUGAUCUUUUCUUUCCAAAUCGACGAAGUGAGUGCGUGUUUGUUGCUCACGUCAUUUCGUAGAGACUGAUUAUUACGCUCGAAGGGUUUCUCGUUCGUGGGGAGAAGUUACAAGCAGGAAGACUUGGCCCCAUUGCCUACUAAGCAUGAACUCUGAUACCAUGAUAACCCACCAAGUCGUCUAAAAGCUUAAAGUGGCGGAUGAAAGGCAAAACAAUUGGGAGAAAACAUGUGGCAUGUUACCAUUUGAUGGAGAUUUAGAUACUCUUCUCUCCAAGUUCGGUGGCAUUGUAAGAUUUAGUUACUGACAGAUCGUGAUUCCAGUUCACUACACUAGCUUUGUAAAAGCACUGAAGGGUCUUCUGUUCUACUAGAGGACCCUUCUGUCUGGCUUCUGGAUUACCUUCAACCUACUGCAGUAGGGCAAGGUUUCUGCUGAGGGGAAUUGGUAAUUCGUUCAGGGUUAAACACAGCGGUUUGGUGGUCGUGUUGCUAAAUCAUGCCAGCAAUACAAAAGCUUUAUAAUGCUUGUAAAGUAUCUCUAUCUCCCAAUGGGCCUGUGUCAGAGGACGCUCUUGAAAAAGUUCGUGCUCUCUUAGAUAAAAUCAAGCCUUCUGAUGUUGGCCUCGAGCAGGAAGCACAAUUAGUACGUAGCUGGACUAGGCCUGUGAAUGAUCGCAAUGGGAGCCACCGGUCUUUACCGCCAAUUAAAUAUAUUCAUAUUCAUGAGUGUGAUAGCUUCUCUAUGGGGAUAUUCUGCAUGCCAUCAUCCUCUAUCAUUCCUCUUCACAAUCAUCCUGGAAUGACCGUGUUAAGCAAGCUUCUUUACGGAUCAAUGCAAGUCAAAUCUUAUGAUUGGCUUGAUGUACCCUUGCCGUCUAAUAAAUCUGAAGAUGCAGUAGCGAGACCUGCAAAGCUUGUGAAAGAUGGAGUGAUGACUGCUCCCUCGAGAACAACAACUCUUUAUCCAACUAGUGGAGGCAACAUCCAUUGUUUCCGAGCCAUAACUCCAUGUGCUCUAUUUGAUAUUCUGUCACCGCCUUACUCCUCUGAAGACGGUCGACACUGCACUUAUUUCCGGAGGUCACUUGGAGGAAAUCUACCUUGUACGAUCGAGGUAGAUGGAGUAGCAUUCUCGGAAGUUGCAUGGUUAGAAGAAUUUCAACCUCCUGAUGAUUUUGUGAUUCAGAGGGGUCAAUACAAAGGCCGCGCAAUCAAGGCUUGAAACAAACAUUCUGAAAUCUCGUUUCUCUUAACAUUUAUUUAAACUAUUUGUGGUCAUAUGUGCAAGCGUAGCGUUGCGUUGUCGGUUUCGGAGAUCUCAAAAAUGGCAAUAAUCUAACUUCAUUCAUGGUAUGGAAAUUAGGCAGGUUUUGUAUAUACACAUAAUAUGGACCUACUUCACACCAAGAAGGAAUCUAAUACUCUUUUUUAGUUGCUAAUCAUGGUUUGGAUCUUCACAA